AUGGCAGAUGAGGUGGUUCUGCUAGAUUUCAGGCCAAGUCCAUUUGGGAUGAGGGUGAGGAUUGCACUUGCUGAAAAGGGUAUAAAAUAUGAGUACAGAGAGGAGGACUUGAAGAACAAGAGUCCUUUACUCCUCCAAAUGAACCCAGUUCACAAGAAAAUCCCGGUUCUCAUCCACGAGGGCAAACCCAUUUGUGAGUCUCUGAUUGCUGUUCAGUACAUUGAUGAGGUUUGGAAUGACACAAAUCCAUUGUUGCCUUCUGACCCUUACCAGAGAGCUCAGGCUAGAUUCUGGGCUGAUUAUGUUGACAAGAAGAUAUAUGAUAAUUUUAGUAAGAUUUCGGCAUCAAAAGGAGAAGAAAAAGAAGCUGCAAAGAAGGAACUUAUACAAGUCCUUAAAUUGUUAGAGGAAGAGCUGGGAGACAAGAGUUAUUUUGGAGGACACAAUUUUGGUUUUGUGGACAUACCAGUUGUCUCAUAUUACCCUUGGUUCAAAGCCUUAGAAACUUUUGACUCCCUCAACGUAGGAGAGUGCUCCAAGUUCACCGCUUGGGCCAAGAGGUGCCUCCAGAAAGAGAGUGUUGCCAAGUCUAUUCCUGAUCAGCGCGUGAUCAAUGAGUUGUUUGUGGAGUUGAGAAAGAACUCAAGCACUGAGUAA